AUGACCUCGUUGCUACCGACGACCAGCGCCGUGGGGCCAUUCGCGCCAUCGUCGUCGCUGCCACCACCGAGACGUCUCUGGACGCGCAUCGAUGUACUCUUUGGCUACAGCUACAUUCUUCUCUCGCUAUUUUGCGGCGUGUGGUUUCUGCAGCAAAUCAACCCGAGUUUCGCCAACGACCUCUUCUGGGCCCACUACAACCUCAGCGGCUACGAAGCCUACCUCAUCGACGUCUCCAACGCCGUCUUGGCGACAACGGACGCGGGCGACAUCGACCUCCUCGCGAUGAGCAUGGACAAGGCGUACACGUCGCCGGUCUCGUCGACGCUCGUAUACACCACAUAUGCGCGGUCGCUUGCCCUCACCAUGUUUACGAGCCUCGAGUACGCUGUGCCCAACGUGCGCAACAUGUCGAUCAGCGCGAUCAAGAACCCAAACGCCCAGUUGUGCUGGAUCGACUUUGAGAAAGAAUGGGAAGUCGCCCACACGCUGCAGCGCCAAGAACGUUGUGCGCAACGCUAUGUCUAUAAUGCCGCCGUCUACUACGAAGCCUACCUUCGCAACACCAACGUCCCGGCCUUUCUGCGCAAGUUUGGCACCCCCGGCAACGAAUUUUACGUCGCGAUCCUCGCUGCGAUUCUCGCGUCGCCACGUGGUCCAAGCUGGCUCGACGCCGUCUCGAACGCGCUGCCAACGACGUCGGUGGCGCAAGAAGUCGCCUACUGGCGUCGCGUGCCGCUGACCGAGUUCGUCUACGUGUGGCAAAACGCUGGCAUUACUGGGAUUGCCGAGACCUUGAUCAUCCGAAACGCGCUCGGUAUCGACGAGACGAUCACGGUCAAGAGCGUACCGCACACCACCUACAUGACCGCCGUGCCAGGCGACGCGUUUCGGGCGCUCCCCGUUGCGACCUUGGCGCCGUUCCCGCCCACGUGGCGAAGUGACAUGUACGCCUUUUAUGGCGGCAACAUUUUAUGCUUGUACGGUGGUCCACUCCCGUUUGUGCAAGAAAGUUUUAGCACCGACGACGGCUGCGUCACGCAGGCGCCUCUUCGCGUCCCCACCAGCCGCUUCUCUCUCCUCUUUGCCAGUGCCGCCAUGGCAGCGUGGAACGUGCGCGAUAUCUGCGCGCUCCAGAGCGACAGCCGCUGUGCGUCGACGUUGCAGUCGUUCGAGUCGCUUCUGGCGUCGUCGCCACCACCACCCAAUAUGACGGCCGAGCUCGCCAACGUUACCGAGGCGAUCGUAGCGCUCAAUGUAUCGCUCAUGCAGUUUGCAACACCGUUGACCAACCGCAGCGACUUUCAACUGCUGUUGCACCCGGUCCUCGCCGACGGCGCGUGGACCUUUUACGGCUGGCUCAUGCUCUGCGACUGGGUCGAAGGCAAGCGCGAGGUGGUUUCGUUCCAAGGCGACGCCGCGACCAUGGUCCUCAUUUCGGCCGCGUACACGCCCGUGAGCUACUCGACGGGCGUCGGCACACGCUACCUCAGCAACGCCAAUGGCAUCUUAUUCUACUUGGUCAACUACAUGUCGGCCGUUCUUAUCGGCGUCGGCCUCAUCUCGAUUCUCUACGGUCUCUCGCUGCGCGGCCAGCUCGUCGCGGCCAACCUCUUGUAUUUCAACCGGUUGGUCGGAGCCGUGUGGGUCGGCCGACCGCUUCUGCUUCUGCGCGGGUUUGCAGCCACGCUCCUUUUGAGCACGUCGCCGAUCGCACUUCACACCUCGUCCAACGGCACCACAUCCUUUGCGAUCGUCCAGCGCUCGAUGUUCGACAAGUUUGUCUUUACGGGCGAAGCGUGCUGGAUUAGCUACGUCGUCACGGACAUUUGCCUCUUGGUGGCGUCGUCGUCGCCGCCGCGCCUCGCACAGAUGGCCACAUACCUCUUGUGGCUUUCGUUUUUUAUGCUCGAGUCGAUCUAUCCGAUGAGACCGCACAUGCAGAUCGCCCGCACGUGUAGCGCCACCGACAUGGACGACGCGCUCUUGUGUGAAAGCGGCAUUGUCGAGAUUGGCCACCUCGUUCGCGUGCUCUGGCUCGUCGCUUCCCAACUCGUGGCCAUCAUCCUUGCCUUUGUUCUCGGUCGGUUGGCACACUGGACGCGUGUGGCCCCAACGACAGCGCCGCGUGGACAAGGCCAGCACCACUUGCUGGUCUCGUCCGUCGCACACGCCUUUGUGACCUCGUCUGACACGAAUGUGUGGGCGCUCGAUGCUGUCUCGUGCCUCCUUUGCGGCUUGGUGCCGCUCCGCUUCCGUGGCCAAGCCUAUCUCUUUGAUUUGCGGCUGUGGCUGCUCGUCCGUGACAGCGACAACCACCACGUGACACCGCUGGCGUCACCCCACGUCGACGCGCUGGAGGCAGUCAAACCAGUCGUUCCCACGGCCCGCAAGUGGCAGUAUGAAAACAACCCGGUCUUUGCUGCCCUUGGGUUUGUCUACAUCAUUGUGGCCAUCAUUGGCAGCGUCUCGUACUUUGAAGUGUCCCGCGUCAACUUGGCCAACGAUCUCUCGUGGGCGACCUUCAAUAUGACCGGGGCCCAUGCGUUCAUCGCGAAUUAUCUCAACGAGUUUACGCUCUACAUGCUGCCGUCAACCCAGCAGGGCUUUGAUUUGGACGAUGCGGGCCUAUCGCUGCCAGGUGCGUACAACGAUUCGUCGGGCGUUGUCCUCUCGUCGCGCCUCCACCCGUCGAUCGUGCAGUACACGUUGCUCAACAGCACCACGGCUGCGAUCCGCGAUCUCCGAAGGACGAGGGCGUGCCACGUUCCCUGGAUCUUUACUGCCUACUGCUAUGUCGACUUUGCACAAACUUGGAGUGUGGCCGCGACCGCGUCACGCGCGUCACGCUGCGACGCCAUGGCGUCCAACGGCGCGGUCUACCUCGAGGCGAUCUUGCGCAACGUGGCGUGGAGCGCCUGGCUCUCUUGUGGGUAUGGCGAGGCCUUUGAGAUUGCCUUUGGCAACGAGCUUGCAACGACGAUGGUUGGCCAGCGCUGGCUCGCCUCGGUGCAAACCGACGCCCUUGUUCCGAUUUCUGCUGAAGUCGCUCACUGGGCAAUGGCUCGCAUUACGUCGUAUACGCUGCAGUGGCAAACCUUCAAGACACUUGGUUUGAUCAACACGUAUAGCAUCAGCAACGCGUAUGGCGAAGUCUACCCGCUGACGCUCCAAGCGACCAACGGCUCGUUCCAACUCACGCGCGCCACGUCGUACAAGAUGUACUGGGGGCUGGCCAACGACUUGAUGGCGGUGGCCACCAAUUCAACCUUUGGCAUCGCAGGACAGAGUCUAGUACGAUCGAGCGCCCACUUUGCGUUCGUGAACACGUCGGCAACCUCUGUGCUGACGGCUGCCGGUGCGCUGACAUCACCGCUGACCCGCGCCAUGGCGCUCGUGCAAGAUACCGUGCUUGGACCGUUUGGCGCGGUCGAUGUCUACUAUGUCCCCGUGCCGAUGAGCCUCAAGGCCGCGGUGCAGCAGCUGAAGACGUACGUGCGACUACGGCUCCGGCAAGAGCCGCAGUGCCAAAAGUUGUUUGCCAACAUUUCGACGAUCGACUCGAACCUUGUGAUUCCGGCGGCGUGGGCCGACAUCGGGUUCUUCUCGACCGGCGGGCCAUUGCUUUGUGACGACGGCAGUCCGCAGCCUAUCUCGGCGGGCCCUCGCACGCUGCUCUCGCGAGGCACGUGCCCGACCUCCAACACCCUUAGUAGCAUCGGCAUGUCGGCCACAUACCUCGUUUUGGCGGCCGUGCUGAGCAACCUCCCAUCGCUUCUCUCGCAUCCAGGCAUUGACAUUGCAGCGAUCUGUGCGCAGUCCAGCACGAGUCCUAUAGCGUGUGCGCGGUACCUCAACGCCACCAUGGCCUUUCUACCGGCGUGCGUCAACUCGGGGUACUCUGCCUACACCCCGCUGCUCGCCCACGCCCGGUCGGACCUCCAAGCGCUCAACAUUUCGCUCAUGCAAAUGGGCAUCGCCAACCUCUCGGCGCCAUUGAUCAUGUACACGUCGCAGCUCCUCGACCCGAGCGAUCGUCGGUUUGACUACUUUGCUUGGUUUUAUCUCUACGACUGGAGCCGGGGGACGCGCGAAGUCGUGUCAUUUCAAGGCGAUGUGGGCGCGAUCUCCAUUAUGUCGGACUACCAUUCGCUGGUGGCGCGCGAGGCGCAGCGCUGGGAGCUCUCGACCAUCGUCGCCUCGUACGCCCGCGCGUGUGUCCAGUAUGUGACCUUUGUCAUGAUCUGCGUCGCGAUCGUCGUUGGUAUUUACAUUCUCUCGAGCCGGGGGCACGUCGAGGGGCUCAACAUGCUCGUGCUCAACCGCGUCGGCGGCAUCGUCUGGGUCGGCCGCCCCCUCCUCUUUGUCCGUAGCUUGACGGCAGUCUGUCUCCUCUCGACCGGCACGCUCGAGUUGGUGUACGAUGGCGGGUACAGCUUUUUUCAGAGCACGUCCAACCCGUGGUACAAGACGUGGCUCGCGGCCAGCGAAGUCACGUGGCUUUUAUCGGUGGUCAACGACCUCCUCAUGGUCAUCACGCUCGAGUAUACGCCGUACUGCGCAACCCCCAACAGCCUCCUUGUGUGGCUGGUUGCUGCGAUCCUCAGUGCUACGUACCCGGUAACCCACUCUGCGACGCUUUCGACCGAUGCGUGUUUUGCGGCCGACGUCGACUUUCAGCUCAUUUGCAACUCGGCGACCAUUUACAUUGGCAGCACGACCCGGCUCUGGACGCUCAUCGGCGUCGUCGUCGCCUGCAACAUAGUGGUCUACGUCGUCGUACGCAUGACGCUCACGGAAGCGCCGCGCAGUGAUAUCAACUCGCACUUUCUCUAUGCCGGUGCGCGGUACCUCUUCUGGCACUCGAAAUGGAAGUACGACGAGGUCUACUACCUCGACAAAGCGUCCGCAGUCCUCAACGGCAUUCUGCCGCUGCGCUACCGCGGUCGGCUCUACGCGUUUGAUAUCAAACUGUGGCGCGUUUUUGCACUGCCGGCGCCAGCGCCCGUGCCACGCGGCCACGCGUUUUACGAGGCGUCGCAAGCGGCACUGCCUCUAAUCGAGUAG